AUGGCGCCCAUCGGUGCGGCUGUCUUUGCGACGCUGCUCAUGAACGAUGCCUAUCUACCAGGUGCCAUGGUUCUCGGCCAUUCCCUCAAAGACAGAGGCGCAAAGGCUCCUCUGGUAGCUUUCAUUCUUGUCGACAAACUAUCCUCAGACACCAUCACUGAACUCCGAACAGUCUACGAUGAGAUCGUUCCCGUGCAGGAGAUCGUCAACACCAAACCGGCCAACUUGUAUGUCAUGGGCCGACCGGACCUAGUAUCCACCUUCACAAAGAUCGAGCUAUGGAGGCAGACACAGUACAAGAGGAUAGUCUACAUGGAUGCGGAUAUGGUGGCCAUCAGAGCGCCGAACGAACUUCUCCGACUCGACACAGAGUUCGCUGCGGUCCCGGAUAUUGGCUGGCCAGAUUGCUUCAACAGUGGCAUGCUCGUCCUCAACCCGAACAUGGCGGAUUAUUAUGCACUGCACGCGUUGGCGCAGCGAGGGAUCAGUUUCGAUGGUGCCGAUCAAGGUCUGCUGAACAUGCAUUUCCGGGACUGGGAGAGGCUGAGCUUCGUGUACAAUUGUACCCCCAGUGGCAAUUAUCAAUACGAACCUGCCUAUCGACAUUUCUCGAGCAGCAUCGCACUGGUCCAUUUCAUAGGCGCGGACAAACCUUGGACUUUAGGGAGAGAGAACAGGUUUAGUACAGGCGUCUAUGGCGAACUGCUAGGAAUGUGGUGGGCCGUGUACGACAAGCACUAUCGGCCAAAGACAAUCACCCGGUAUGAUGGUCGAACCUACGACUCCAGGAAGAAGGUGCAGGACUAUGUCCGUGGUGAAGAACCGUUAUAUGUCGCACAGCAGCAACCCUCGCCUCCUCAUCAAGGACAGAUACCCCUUCCACCACAGAUCACGAUCUCUCAAUCUGGGUCGAACAAACCUGCUUCGGUGGAACUACCUCUUGGAGAUGCCCCUACACCCACGGUUCAGGGAGACUUUCACCCAACACCCACGGUCGAGCAAAGACGCUUCUCAGCCCCUCAUGUGGAUUGGCAGCCUACCAGGGAACCCCCACCCAUGCAUUCGAAACCUGAAGCCUCGAACUUCCCAACCCAGACCUACGACAUGUCAAGCGAUACUCAACUGUUCCAGCCCCCCGCUCAGUACCCGGAAGCACCGAAGGACAUGUGGUAUCAGGUACCCGAAAAGGUUCCCGAGCCGGCCAAGCCCAAACCCAUUUUCCCCUGGGAGGCGAGAGCUCCGAAGCCCACGCGUGUUUUCGCCCAACCCAAAGCACCUAGCCCGCCACCUCCGCCGGCACCGAUGUCUCCAGAUGAGCCCGCGGCUCCCUCCCCGGCUACUGACAUUACUGAUGUCACUGAUAUCACUGAAGGAAGUGUUCCCACUCCAAUGGCUCUUUCUACGGACCCCUGGGCAGCAUUCCAGCAGCGGACGAAUGCUUGGGAUGACAUGCCAGAAAUCGAACGAUACAUGCAUGCGUUUAGCCAUGGACGGAAAGGAAACAUACAGGUCUUGCACCAUACACCAUCUCAACCUUCCCCGGGUAGCUCGACUGUUACCUCCCCUCCAACAAACGAUGCACGACGAUUUAGCUCAAGAAUAACUGAUUUCCCGACCGAAGUCGAACGUCCGAGCUUGCCUGUGACUCCAGCACCGAUCCGAAGACCGAGCUUUUGGGGAGAAGAGAGAGACGAAGAAGGGAACUUACCGGCGGCUGAAGGAGUGCCGCAACAAGAAGAAUGGAACCCGGCCGCCAAACUUGAAGAACUACAACGACGUCAAAGCGAGGUGUUGCUGUCGGCGACAGGUACACGCCACCUAGGAGAGGUGCCGGAUCGUCCGAGAAGAGAGAUGCCAGAAAGUCACAGCAAGGAGGCGGUCAUCGAGAAGACGAAUCUAGCAAUAUCGCCGACCAAAGUGCCUAAAGUACCGAAGCCGAUUUUGAAAGCCCCUCACUUUGAACUAGGCCAAGGCGUGAUCAAAUCAGGGAUAGGGGAGAACGGUGAAGACUCGGUUGAUCCGUCUUCGUAA